AUGCUCUCAAACAAAUUUCUCUCAAGACGUUCCUCUAUGGCAAUCCCACGCCUUAUGGCAGUAGCCUCCCAGCUCCGCGCAAACUCUACAUCUUCUACAUCCCCAGUCCUCCGCGCAGACCACCCCCAUUAUGUCCCACCACCUCCUAACAACCACGAACUCAACCCUGCCUACUUUCUCUACCGCUCAUCGCUGCUCGAGCCAGAGGCAAAGGCAAUUGUCUACCGCUCUCGCACAAACCGUUACUACACCCGUACAUAUGCAGAGUUUGCUGACCGUGUAAAGGGACUCGCUUACUUCUUUAAACACAAUGGCUACAAGAAAAUCGCAAUCAUUGCUCCAAACACUCCAGCCCAUCUCGAAACAAUGUUUGCUGCCACCGCUUCUGGAGGUAUUGUCGAGGGAAUCAAUUACCGCCUCACUAAAAAGGAAAUCGACUAUAUCCUCAACUUAGGUGAAGCUGAUCUCGUCAUUGUUGACCGUGAAUUCGCACACCUGGCUGAACCAAUCCCAGGCAAGCGCAGAGUCAUUGUUGAUGAAGAUGUUGCUGAUGAUGAAAUUGACAAACUUGACUGCGAGUAUGGCCGUGUUGUUCGUGACGGCAUUGAUCUUGACGCUUUGACCUACAAGCAAGGUUGGGACGGUCUCUAUGCUGAAGACAUUGAUGAAAACUCAACCCUCGGAUUGUUUUUCACUUCUGGAACCACAGGUAACCCCAAGGCUGUGGAAUACACUCACCGUGGUGUUUACCUGGCUGCCCUUGCCCAAAUCUCAGAAAGUCAACUCAACUGCCAGGAUAGUUAUGGAAACCACAGAUGCACAUACCUUUGGACCCUCCCAUUGUUCCAUGCUGCUGGAUGGACUUUCCCAUACGCUGUCACAGCUGCUAGAGGAACCCACGUGCUGCUGCGCCGCAUUGACGUCGAUUACAUUUGGGGACUCUUGACUCGCGAGCGCAUCACCCACUUUAGCGCUGCUCCUACCGUCAACACCAUGCUUCUCAACUCUAAGCGUGCCCAAGUAUUGAAGCACGAAGUUAAGGUUAUCGUUGCUGCUGCUCCUCCUAGUGCCAAGUUGUUUGGUGAUAUGAUUUCUCACAACCUGAUCCCUGUCCAUAGUUAUGGUCUUACUGAGACUUAUGGACCUUCCGUUACCAGAUUCUACAAGGAGGAUUGGAACAAGAUGCCAGCAACCAAGAUUUUUGAAAACAUGGCCAAACAGGGCUAUGGAUUCCUGACUUGUCAGAACCUCAAGGUUAUUAAGGAGGGUAGUGACAAUAUGGAAGACGAGGUCGAGGCUAACGGCAAGGAGAUUGGUGAAAUUAUGAUUCGCGGUAACAUUGUGGCCAAGGGAUACUACAACGACCCAGAAGCAACAGCCAAGGCAUUCAAGAAUGGCUGGUUCCACUCAGGAGAUUUGGCCGUGGUCCAUACUGAUGGUGCCAUUGAGGUGCUUGAUCGUGCCAAGGACAUUAUCAUUUCCGGAGGUGAAAACAUUUCUUCAGUCUAUGUUGAAUCUCACAUUGUCAAGUACCACAAUAUCCUGGAAUGUGCUGUAAUUGGAAUUAAGGAUGACCACUAUGGUGAGGUUCCAUAUGCGCUCAUUACUCUUCAGGACCCUUCGCAAAACAUUGAUGGUGAGGAUAUUCGCAAGUGGCUACGCAACUUUUUGGGUGGUUACCAAAUCCCCAAGCGUAUCGAGGUGGUUAAGGAGUUGCCCAAGACUUCUACUGGUAAGGUCAGGAAGAACAUUCUGAGAGACGAAUGGAACAAGAAGGUUCACGGAGAAGUAAAGAAGAGUGCUUAG